AUGGUACAAGGACUUUGCACACCUACAAGUAAAGUCGAAGGCGAAAGUUACACUAAUUGUAAUAUAUAUUACAGUACAAAAGCAAACUCGCGUCGGUCUGUGCGCUUUCUCCGAGUCUUCACCCUCACCUUUGCACUUCCGCCCCGAGCGCGGCAUCAGCCCGACGGCUUCGGUGAUAAAGCCGAUAUUUGCAUAGCAUCUGGGCCCGGUUCCUGGUCGCAUCAUGAUUUGUACUCGACUCUCAAUUGCCAGCCGGCGCUGAUUGUGCUCCUCUCGUACUACUUACUACAACUUGUAUUGAAGCAAGAAUUUAGAAUACAUCGGGAG